AUGAUGAACAGCGAUGACGACGAUAGCGAUGACGACGAUAGCGAUGUCGACGAUAGCGUUGACGACGAUAGCGAUGUUGACGAUAGCGUUGACGACUAUGAUGAGUUUGCGCCCUUUUGCCCUAUCGAUCCUCCCCAUCAGGAACACUCGCCCAACGGCGGCGAAGGAGCUGAUUCGGCUGCGCAGACCCUGGUGCAGCCUUUGGCGCGUGAAGAGCUCGAGGCAGGAGAAGACUCUGCCAAUAAUUUUUUUGCCGCCCUCUCAGCCAGUACCACCCAGACUGCUGUGGCCGUGCCGGAACCGCCGGCCGCUGGGACAACCUCCAACCUUGCCCUCGCCACUUUUACCUCCACUGCACCUGCCUCAGUCAACCCUGUUCCAGUCGCCUCUGCUUCAGUCGUCCCUCCCUCAGACAUUGCCGCUUCAAUCGCGUCAUCCACCGAUGCCCGCGUGACCUUGCUGCAAACCAACACCAACGCCUUCAACUGUCCAGAUGCUGAUGCCAUAGCAAAGACGCCCAAUCCCGACUUGACUACCAAUCUAAGCAGCGGUCUUUUGCUCGGUCCCACGGAAACGCACCACGCGCAGAACACCAAGCGUCAAAGCCCCUUGAGUCGCACGGCGGCAAGGCAGCGCAAAAAACAGGAGCUCUUGAGCCGUGUGCCUUUUGGAGGCGAUGUCAGCCACUUGCUUUCCUGUGGAGUACAUCGUGCAUUUCUAGUCGCUGCCAAGAGGUUGGGCCGGGCCCGGGCUGGGGGCGCUUGUACCUCGGUCAAUCAUCUGUUCACCAUGUCGGGCAAGGAGGCCCCAUUUGCCGACGCGCUAAGGCAAGGCUGGAUGGUCAAAUCACCUCCCUCCAGCGCCAACGGACAAUACAAGAAGCGCUGGAAGAAGCGGUACUUUGUUAUGGACGACGAGCAGCUUGCCUACUACAAGAAGAAAAAUCCCACCACCCUCAAGGGCAGCAUUCCGCUGACCGACAUCAAGGACGUGGUUCCCGAGGAACAGAGUAAACUCCAGCACGUUUUCGCCGUUUACACCACAGAUCGUGUUUAUUUCAUGCAGGCGGCCUCUGAGAUUGACCGCCAAGGCUGGAUGCGAGAUAUCAACCGAUUGUCACCCAGCUUGGGUCGCGCCAAGCGCAGCAGCAACCCCAUUCAACGCAGCUUCCGCCACGUGCGCGUAUCCCACGGCUCGAGCGAUGAUGAAGACACACAGCCCAUUGCCUCAACCGAUCUCACCGUCCCAGCUCUCUACCUCGGCCGACGCGUCGAAAUCACCACCGAUGUGGCUGGCCGUUCCCUGAUCAUCAAAUACCUCGACGGCACCAAAGAGCUAUUUGCCCACUGGCCUGUGGCCCUCCUUCGUGAAUUUGGGCCCCGUGCUGACACCAUUGCCCAAGCCGGCCCCCUUCGUCAUUCUUACGACAAGAUUGGCAAGCCCACCGCCCACAUGAAUAAGCACGGCCGCUACAGUGACCUCGUCUUCAUGACCGACAGCGCUCACCGUGAAAUCGCGGAAGGCCAGCAACGCACGCUGGCUUAUCAACAACACAAAGCCGCGCAAAACACGGUCGCACCCAAGAAAGGUCAUGUCGCCUAUUCAGACAUUGACUUUGAAAAGACGAGCGCCCUCCUCUCGGCCACUGCUUCGCCGCCCACCAAUCAAUCGUCGGCAUCAAGUCGAAACGCUAAAAAGCAAACCCGUUGGGACGUGAGCGAAGACCAGCGUAGUGCUCUAUCCGCAGCUUCGCACCGCUCUCGUGCUCGUGUGGAUUCUCGCAUCAUCAACCCCACCGAUGAGGUGGAUACGGCGCGCAUGGACGCAGAAAUUGACGAUUUGCUCGGCCAAUUGGAUGCCGUUGAUCGGGAGGCCGACGGCGGUGCGACCGCGUUGAUCGCGACACUCACGCGGCCGUGUCCCUUGUUCGCAUCUGGACACUGUGUGCCAUUCUGCUUUGCCUCGUUGCUUUCAACAUACAGCUUCAACCUUCUGCUCUUGGACCACAACGAUCAGUACUUUGAAGACUACACCGUGCAAACGACGCUGCGCAACCGCCCUGUAGACGGGCGCCUCAAAGUCUGUGCCAACGCCUUUGUCUUUGAGCCAAAAGAUUUCAUUUUGCCGCUGGUGAAGGUUGCCUAUCGCCAUGUCACCCGUCUCAAGCCCUGGCGUGACGAUGAUGCUCAAGGUGACACCUACAAUGUGUCACAUCUGCUCCCCGCUGCUGACCCCUACACCCAGCAACUCACUCUUCGCUUCCCAUCCUUUGCCGCCCCUCACAGGUUUUACCGUGACCGUCACCCAAUAUGUCGAAGCCAACUGCAAGAUGCCUGGCAACGCGACACGCACCUUGAGACCAUGGCCAUCAUUGAGCAGGUGAUUGAGGAGCACCGUGCCAAGGUCGUCUUCAAUGCCAGCUGGCUGCGUGAGCUCAGCGAAGAGAUUGCCAUUGAAAUGCAGGCUGAUCGAAUCCUGCCCCUGACACGCAACGCUGGCCGCGCCGUCCUGACCAACAAACGCCUCUAUUUUCAGCCCUUCAACAAUGUUGAUCCGGAUCCCGUCGUUCGCUUCAAUCUGAGCGAUGUGCACAGCGUCGUACGCCGCCGGUUUCUUUUACGGGAUGUCGGCCUUGAGCUUCUCAUGUCCCGCCAUACAUCCCUUUACCUGGCCUUUGAGUCCAAAAUGAUGCGGGAGCGUUUUCUGACCACGUUGAUUCGUCAACCGGCUCUCAAGCUUGAAGUCAAUGACAAGGGUAACAUGAUGGUGGCGUGGCAAAAUGGCAAGAUCAGCAACUUUGACUACCUCAUGUACCUCAACUCGCAGUCCGAUCGUUCCUUCAACGAUUUGGCACAGUACCCGGUCUUCCCCUGGAUCCUGGCCGACUACGAGUCGCCUGAACUCGAUUUGAACGAUCCUCAAACAUUUCGCGACCUGAGCAAGCCCAUGGGUGCCAUGACCGAGAGUCGCCUGCAAGAUUACAUGAACCGCUAUGAGGAAAUGCCCGAGCCCAAAUAUUUUUAUGGCACGCACUAUUCAACACCCGGCUAUGUGCUAUUCUUUACCCUCCGCGUGGCCUCCGAGUACAGCCUCAACCUGCAGAAUGGCAAGUUUGAUCGGGCCGAUCGUCUUUUCCGCUCGAUACGCGACACCUGGUGGAACGCCACCCACGGCAUGGCCGACGUCAAGGAGCUCAUCCCCGAAUUCUACAUGGACGACGUGGCUUUUUUGAGGAACUUGGACAAUCUUGAUUUUGGCGUGACUCAGCGCGGCGAGCGGGUGGAUGACGUAUUGCUGCCGCCUUGGGCUCACAACGCCGAGGACUUUUUAGCCAAGUGCCGAGCUGCUUUGGAAAGCGAUUAUGUUUCGGCUCACCUCCAUCAUUGGAUUGAUCUGAUCUUUGGCUACAAGCAACGUGGUUCAGAAGCGCGCAAGGCAUGCAACGUCUUUCACCCCAUGACCUACGAGGGCGAAGUUGACCUUGACUCGGUCCAAGACCCCAUUGAGCGACAAGCUUACGAGGUACCCCCCCAUGCUUUUUUGCCCUCGAUUCUCGCAGCCAAGAGCCUUGUGUCGUUUUCGAUGGUGUCAAGCCUCGUCUGUGGCCCCCGGAUAUUCGAACUCAAAGUGCAUGCAACAUGGCGCGCUCCGCCCAGGUCCAAAUUAUGGAGUUUGGACAAACACCGCGACAGCUCUUCACCACCCCGCAUGGUCAACGCAGAACCGUCUGAAGUCAUCGAAGCCUCGGAGGUUGAGACUGCACCCGUCACUGCGGUGGAUGUUACUUCCACUGGGACCAAACGCGCGCCCGUCAACUGGUCCAGCAUGGCAGACAUGGAAUCUUCUGUGCGACUACAGAUCCAUCGCGAUGCCAUUACCGCUGUUGUGCUCAGCGCAGAUGGCUCGAAGUUGUAUUCAGGCACUUCAGAGGGCUGCAUGCGCAUCCACUCACUCUUGGAUCAGCAACAAUUGCACACAGCCAACAUUGGCGUUGCCAAGAUCGCGCACAUGCUUCUAUUUGAGGAGCAGCAGAUGCUUGUGGUCGGGUCCAUGGACAACUCGGUCUACUUUUAUUCAAUCGAACAUUACUAUGUCUCUACCACUUGGACACCACACAAUGAUUCGAUCAGCUGUCUGGGCGUUGCAGCUGAGCGCCUCUUCACUUCGUCCUGGGACGGCACGAUCAAGGCAUGGCGAUUGCCGACCGAUAUCACGCAAGAUCGUAUCGAGGAUGACUGCCUUGCUGUCAUGGAGGAUCAUGAUACUGAGGUUGCUUGCUUUGACGUACAUGAGGGUCGAGAUAUUCUCGUAUCAGCGGGCAUGGAUGGUAUCAUCAUUAUCUGGGACUUGAAUCAUUAUUCUCCGUUGCAACGUUUUACGGUACACCCUGAUGUGGAGGUGUCAAGCUUGGCUUUGACGCCGGACGGCAAGCGCGUGGUGACCACUUCGUGGGAUGGCUUUCUCAAGGCCACGGACGUUGACUCGGGCGUUGAACACGCGGUCAUUGACAUGGGUGAGGAGGAGAUCUCGGCCAUGGCCACAGAUGGCGAGUUGGCCUUGGUGGCCAGUGAACAGGGCAUGCUGCGCCUUUACAGCCUAGUGUCUCGAGAGCUCGUUCGCAAAUUUCCCCACAGUGAACCCGUGGCUUCGCUGGUUGUGUCAUUGGAUGGACAGCACGUUGUUACAGC